ACGCGGACGCGACUUGAGAACAAGAAAAAUUCAAAUUUGACCAACGAAUAUGCAAGUCAUCCAGCAGUGAACAUAUUUUCUGCGGUCUUCAUACAUCGUGUCGGCAUCGAAUUUUCAUCGUGUUCAUCGUGUAUACUUCAACAUCUUCGUUCGCAUUUGGUGCAUCGUGAUUAUUGGCACGGCGUCACUUACGCCAUCUUAGCCGUCUUCAAACCAACGAACGAAGAAUUUGGGACGACAUCAACUCAGCGGUUGCAAAUACACGUCUUCGGAUUGUCGUCGUGCAUCGAGAAACGUGAAGAAUCUCCUCGACACAAUCAACAUUUGUGGUUUGCGGCAACAUAACCGUGAGAUCGUUCCAAUUAUUCCAUACAUUUUCCAUAAUCAUCAUCAUCGUAGUUAUCAUAUUUUCUUAGUUACAUCCAUCCAUUUCAUUAGUUUCAUCGCAUUAGUAUUUUGCAAGUCAUUCAAAUCAUUUUCUUCGGCCUCCAUUGAAUUUAGACUGUUACACACUGCAUGUCGCUUAGGCGCCUUGAAAAAUUUUCAUAGCAAAGCAUGCCCUUGCCUUUAGCUCAAUCAUACUUUUCGUAACAAAUUGCCUUUAAUUUUUUGCUAGGCGUUUUGCAAUUGUAUACGCCUUGUAAAAUUUUUAUAGCAAAUCGCAACUUUGCAUGUCGUGGCUUAAAAAAUUCAACAGGCUUUUAUAUUUCUUUUGUUUUGCCUUCACCCGUGUUUAGCUUACAGCUUAUUAAACUAAUUUAAAUCAAGCAUGACUGAUAUCAAAAGCCUUAUUAAGAAGCGAGCUUCGAUUAAAGCUAAGCUUACGCUAUUUUCCACUUAUUUAAACGUAGUCAAGUCUUGCGAAAAGUUAAGUGAGACUCAGCUCAUUGAAAUUGAGCAGCGACUGAAUGCAUUCGAGAGCUUAUAUGAAAAAUAUGACACGUUACAGAUUCACCUGGAAGAAGCAGUGGACGAACCCAGCGAGCAAUAUGCGGAACGCGAGACAUUCGAGAACCUGUACUACGCGUUGGUUGCUUCUGCACGCCAGCUAGUCGGCAGCGCUCGCAAGCAUCUUACGGGAGACUCCGCGUCCGAGGUGGUAUCUGGUUCUUCUCAUACACACAAUCACUCAUCUGUGCGAUUACCCAAAAUUGAUUUACCGAAAUUCUCCGGCAGCUAUCAUGACUGGUUAGAAUUUAGGGACACCUUUAUUUCCAUCAUACACAAGAAUGAAGGUAUUGAUAAAAUUAAUAAACUGCACUAUCUUCGUGCUUCGUUGAAGGGUAGUGCCUCUCUUAUUAUAGACAAUUUAGACUUCAGGUCAGAUAAUUAUGACGCUGCUUGGAAGUUGCUCUGCUCGAGAUACGACAACAAAAGACUGCUUGUAAAUAAUCAUGUUCAAGCACUUUUUAAUAUAAAUAGCAUCAACAAGGAGUCCAGUAAGGCAUUGCGUCAUUUAGUUGAUACGAUCAAUAAAAAUUUAAGAGCCUUGUCCACUCUUGAUCAGCCAGUUCAGCAUUGGGACACUCUUAUUAUUUAUAUCAUGACCAGUAGGCUUGAUCAAGUGACGAAUCGUGAGUGGGAAGAGCACAGGAAUUCGUUAAAUGAUCCUCCAACUUUAGACAUCUUCAUAAAUUUCAUUAGUAACAGAGCUGACUUAUUGGAGACACUUGAAGAGUCUAGACCUUUAAAAUCUAGAGCUGAAGGUGCAGGUGAGAGUAAUCAUAGAUCGAAAGCAUUCGUAUUUUGUCCCAUGUGUAAGGAGAAACACUUCAUUUUUCAAUGUGACAAAUUUAGAAUUCUGCCUGUUCAGGAUAGGAUUAAGAAAGCUCACGCUUCUAACGUUUGUUUAAACUGUCUUCGACCAGGGCAUCAUGCACAAAAUUGCAAAUUAGGUCAUUGUAAAUACUGUCCUGAAAAACACAAUACUUUGCUUCACACAGACAAAGAAUCUCCUCGUACACAAAACAUUGUUCUUUCUGCCAAUCACCUUAAUACAUCAAAGGUUGUAUUACUGUCCACAGCGGUCGUGAAGGUGUCAGACGCUGCAGGCAAUCUUCACGAUGCCAGGGUGUUGCUGGACAACGGAAGCACGGCGAACUUCAUAUCUGAAGACUUCUGCCGCAAGCUACGUAUCCAUAUUUAUCCCGUUAAAUCUAAUGUGAGGGGCAUAAAUGACCAGGCAUCAGCUUGUUCACAUGGCUGUGCAAUUCGAUUAAAGUCAGACCAUAGUAAUUUUGAAGUAGGACUAGAUUGCUACGUCAUAUCUAAGGUGUCAUCAUCCAUUCCUAAUACAUAUGUUCAUACGGAUAACAUCAGUUUACCUAGCAACAUAGUUCUUGCCGACCCUGACUUUUAUACUCCGUCUUCCAUCGACAUCCUUGUCGGAGCGGAAAUAUUUUGGGGUAUCAUAGGCAUGAAUCGCAUUACACUAGGUAAAAACAUGCCCACAUUAGUUGAGUCGAAAUUAGGUUGGCUCGUAACAGGCGUUUUACAGCAACCUAAUCAUUCAUCCCCUAACAUUUCUUCCUUUGUAACUCUUACAGAUGACUUACGGGUGGGCCUGAAUCGCUUUUGGGAGCUAGAUUCAGUAGAUCCAAAGCACAAACAGACAUGCGAGGAGCGAUCCUGCGAAGACAUUUUCGUAGAGACCACAUAUCGUGAUUCGGAUGGACGGUUUGUUGUUACAAUUCCUCUUAAAGAAUCACCCGACGUGUUAGGUGACUCGUAUUCAAUGGCCAAGCGUCGCUUUCUUUCACUUGAACGUCGUUUGGCCAAAGAUACUCACUUAAAGCAACUUUAUGUCAGCUUCAUGACUGAAUAUAUAGAGUUAGGCCAUAUGUCUGAGUAUAGUCACCUUAACACUACGUCUUCUUACUCUAAUUACUUACCUCAUCAUGGAGUAUUGAACGAGUCAAAGUCUACAACCAAACUUAGGGUUGUCUUUGACGCUUCGGCUCGUACUACCACAGGUAAGUCGUUCAACGACAUACAAAUGGUGGGUUCGCCUCUCCAAGACGAUUUAUUGUCCAUAUUGCUUAGGUUUCGUCAACAUAUGAUAGUCGUUAGCGCAGACAUAGAGAAAAUGUAUAGAGUUACUCUUGUGAACGACAUUCAUAAACCUCUGCAAAAGAUCCUUUGGAGAGCAGAACCAACUCAUCCCCUAAAAACGUAUACGCUAAACACAGUGACGUAUGGCACUGCUUCAGCACCAUUCUUAGCAACCAGGUGUCUCAUGCAGCUUGCUCGAGAGUGUGAUGAUCCAUCAACGCGCUCUACAAUAGAGCAUGACUUCUAUGUCGACGAUUUUUUGUCAGGGAAUUCAUCUGUGGUAGAGACGAUAGACAAAUGUCAAAAGGUCCUUGCUGUUCUUCAAACUGGUAGGUACAAUCUACGCAAAUGGCAAUCCAAUUCAUGUGAUGUACUGAAGGCUAUUUGUGGAGAUCAGGUUACCUCUGAUUUCGUCAUCCUUAGCGAAAAUGAAUUGUCAAAGACACUAGGGCUAAACUGGAGGUGCUCAACAGACACAUUUUCCUUUGCCAUCAAUGUCACUCCCAGUAACAACACUACGAAACGUCAAAUCUUAUCGACAAUUUCCCAAAUAUUUGACCCUAUUGGCUUGGUUGUUCCUUGCAUAGUAGAGGCUAAAAUAUUAAUGCAGCAGUUGUGGCUUACGGGUUGCUCUUGGGAUGAACCCGUUUCUGAAGAGAUUCAGCAUACCUGGAGUGAAUUCACACAGACUUUACCUCUUCUGAAUAAUUUUAACAUACCUCGGUGGGUUCUUUGUGAGUCAUUUAAUUGUACUUCGUUGCAGUUACAUGUUUUCACUGACGCCUCUGAAAGAGCAUACGGUGCUUGUGUGUAUGUUCGAAGUGUAUCGGAGAACGGAAAGGUUCACGUUCAUCUUCUAACGGCCAAAAGCAAAGUCGCUCCAGUCAAGUCCACAACCAUUCCCCGCCUCGAACUCUGUGCAGCAUUAUUGGGCUCACGUCUUUAUAAUAAGGUCCGUCAGUCAUUGACUUUGGAAUUUGAGGAGGUAUACUUCUGGUGUGACUCUACUAUAGUGUUGGGCUGGUUGUCUACGUCCCCAACGCAGCUUAAGACGUUUGUUCGCCAUAGAGUUUCUGAGAUACAGGAAACUACUGCGGGAAGGUCUUGGCUCUAUGUUCCCUCUCUUUUAAACCCCGCAGACCUCGCUUCGCGUGGACUCAGGGCCGACAAACUACUGUCGUCUUCGUUGUGGUGGUCAGGACCUCCAUAUCUUCUUGAAGGUACAUCUUCUUGGCCACAAUUUCCAAAUUCAAAUCAUCAUGACGUCAAUCUUCCUGAAACAGUUUCUUGUCAUCAUGUUGACGUCGUCAAUAAAACAGAUAAUCUUAUAAGUUCGUUAUUUCCUAAAUAUGCAUCUAAUCUUAACAAAUUACAACGUAUGAUUGCAUACGUGUUACGAUUCUGUAAUAAGUGUAAGAAACAGGAAUCUGCCUGCGGUUCACUCUCUUCUUCAGAAUUAAACAAUUCUUUACAUCUUCUUUGUAGAUUAUCUCAACAGGAUUCGUUUUCUGAAGAAUAUAAUUUGUUGUCAGCAGGCAAACAAUUACCUGCUAAAAAUAAACUUCUCUCCUUGUCUCCAUUCUUUGACACUAAAUCUAACUUAAUUCGUGUGGGGGGCAGGUUGAGUAAUUCCUUUUACGAUUACGAUGUUAAGCAUCCAAUUCUCUUAUCUAGUUCUCAUAUUAUUUGCAAGUUGUUAUUCAAUACGUUUCACUUGCGUCUCUUGCAUCCAGGACCACAGCUCUUACUUGCUACGAUUCGUCACCACUUCUACCCUAUUGGGGGCAGGAACUUGGCGAAGAAGGUCACACAUCAAUGCGUGAGAUGUUGUAGGAUCAAGGCAAGCACUAUCCAACCUAUGAUGGGAAAUCUUCCAGAGCAACGCUUGCAUCUGGAAUUUCCUUUCUUAGACUCCGGUGUCGAUUAUGCUGGACCUGUCAUGAUAGCUGAUCGUAAAGGACGAGGGUGUAGACUCAUUAAAGCCUUCAUUUGUGUUUUUGUGUGUCUGGCUACCAGAGCCGUCCACCUCGAACUUGUAUCGGACCUCACGAAGGAGGCUUUCCUGGCUGCCAUGAACCGCUUUAUUGCUCGAAGGGGGAAGCCACGUAACAUCUUUUCCGAUAACGGUACAACGUUUGUCGGGGCUUUCAAUGAGUUGGCUAACUUGCUAUCACAGGACCUGAACUUAAGCAUCAUUGAUCCGGGCAUUAACUUCUCCUUUAUCCCUGCGUACACUCCUCACUUCGGCGGAUUAUGGGAGUCCGCAGUUAAAUCUACGAAGCACCACCUCAGAAGAGUUCUAGGUUUAACAAACCUUACUUUUGAAGAGAUGGCAACAUGUCUAAUUCAAGUGGAGGCUAUCUUGAACUCCAGGCCUUUAACUCCGCUUUCCAACGAUCCUUCCGACCUUACACCUUUAACUCCAGCACAUUUCCUUAUUGGACGAUCACUUGUUAUGUUGCCUCAUCCACAGAUCGAGAGUACGAACAUCACCAAUCUGCAACGGUUUCGACGAGUUGAAUACUUGAAACAACAUUUUUGGCAUCGUUUCUCUCAGGAAUACAUUCUGUGGCUGCAGGAGAAGACGAAAUGGCACCGAUCGUCAGGAGAGCUGAAAGAAGGGACACUCGUUGUCAUUAAAGAUAAAAGCUUACCGCCUUUACUCUGGCUUUUAGGGCGCAUCACACGGGUGCUUCCUGGCAGAGAUGGCGUAGCCAGAGUCGCCGACAUCCACACGCGUAGGGGUGUCAUUCGGCGAGCCUUUAACACCAUCUGCCCUCUACCUGUCUCUGUUGAAGACUCUUCAACGGGGGGAGAUGUUGACGCACACACUCAACUACGUGCGGCGUGCGGGAGGGCGCCACCGGCGAAGACGCGCGCGGCAAAUGGCCGCCCACCCCGCGCGCCCCGCGCUUCGACAGUCCGCUGUGAGCCGCGACAACGACCCCGCGCUCGCGCUUACAAUCUUAUUAUCUUAUAUACUUUUCGUUCGUAUCGUUCCUUAUUGUAACAGUUCUUAUUUACAUUACAACAUAUUAUACAGUCCACCUUUAUUAUUUACUCCA